CAGUCAUAUCUAAUCCAAGAUGGCGUAUAAAGUACUUGCGUUGAUCUGCCUUCAAGCUGUUUUGUUACAGCAAGCUUUAAGCUUCCCCACAUCGAAAAGCUCAAACGUACCAGUAACCACCAGCGUGGUUCCCAGCACAGUCCUAUCUGGUACCGCAUCGCAGCUGGUAGCUCCUGGCUUCUCGCCCAACUGGCCUGCCAGUGCCCAAAACGUGCCGUUGGUCACUGAGAUUCUGCCAAGUCUUCAGCUAGGAGAGAUGUCAGUAGACGGGGAAAUGCCAGUGGGUGGUAUGAUCAAGAUCACCGGCACAUUCCCAGUUUUCGGCAAUAUCGCAGUAGAUGGCUCUGUGCCCUCACAUGGUACUGCCUAUGUGGACACCGCUAAUGUGUUCGCUAACGAGUGCGCUUGUUUUAAUUAGGUUUUAGUUAAUAAAUGUUUUGUUGAAUUUA